AUUAACAAAAUUGACAAAAUUGGGCUGUCAUUUUUCUAUUCAUCGAAUCAAUCAUUGUUGAUUUUGUAAAACAUUAUUUUGAUAAAAGUAGUGGAAAAUGUUUCGAGCUAACAAUUUUGAUAAAUUACUUGAUAAAGCGACUAGUAAUCUGCGCUUAGACCCUGAUUGGCCUACGAUAUUGCAAAUUUGUGAUCUAAUUAGGCAAAAUGAUUGCUCACCAAAAUAUGCAGUGGCUGCUGUUAAAAAGAAACUAUACUCUCAAAACCCACAUCAGGCUAUGUUUGCAUUACUUACACUUGAAAGCAUUGUCAAAAAUUGUGGCUCUGGUGUACAUGAUGAAGUGACUUCCAAAGUGUUCUGUGAAAUGCUCCGUGAUCUGGUCAAGUCGACACAACACGAAAAUUUGCGCACCAAAAUUCUAGAGCUCAUACAAGCCUGGGCUUUUGCUUUCCGCAACUCACCCAAGUAUAGAGCUGUUCAGGAUACAGUGAACAUACUGAAGGCUGAAGGAUUCAAGUUCCCUACGUUGAAAGAGUCAGACGCAAUGUUUUCUGCUGAUACUGCCCCAGAAUGGGCAGAUGGGGAAGUCUGCCACAGGUGUCGUGUAGCAUUCUCUCUGAUGGUCCGUCGCCACCACUGCCGUGCUUGUGGUCAAGUGUUCUGUCAGCAGUGCAGCUCCAAAACUUCCACCUUGCCCAAGUUUGGUAUUGAGAAAGAGGUACGAGUUUGCGAUGCUUGCUUCGAUAAAGUGAGCCGGCCUCCAUCUUCUACUGCAAAGCUUGAAAUUGUUGACACAUCCAAUGACUAUGGACCUACUCAACCUCAGAAGCGUCCCCCCGGUGGGAAGACUGCCGAAGAAUUGCAAGAGGAGGAAGAAUUGCAGCUGGCUCUGGCCCUCAGCCAGUCCGAAGCAGAACAGAAAGAGAAAGAGCGGAAGUCUCGCUCGCACAUCGCGCCUGAAACUACUCUUCAUCCUACACUGUCCCCAACUCCUUCGUCUGUCAGCGCUUCGCCCGAGCACAGCACGCAAGGCAACUCGGAACUGUCCCGGUACCUAGACCGGAACUACUGGGAGCAGCGCUUGUCCCGGGACACGGCUGCCGCCGCGCCCACCGCUCCGGCCCAGGCUAGCGCGUCCCACGUAUCACAUGAUCCUGUUGAUGAAUUUGUGAAACCAACCACAAGUAAAGCCCAAGAAGAUGACGCCGAAGAUAAAGAAAUUGACGAAUUUGUGGAAACACUCAAGUCUCAGGUUGAGAUAUUUGUCAACAGAAUGAAAAGCAACUCUUCCAGGGGAAGAUCUAUAGCCAACGACACAUCAGUGCAAACUCUGUUUAUGAACAUCACGGCUAUGCACUCUCGCCUGCUGAGGUACAUACAGCAACAAGAUGACAAACGCGUGUAUUUGGAGAGCUUACAGGUAUGUUAUUUAAAUUAAUAGUUAUAAUUACCAUGGCACU